AUGGCUGUUCAAUACUUCAAAGCAUUAAGCACAAACAUUAAAUCAAAUCUAUCAACCCUUUUCAUUUUCAGUGGGUUUAGUCGUCAACAGUUGAACGUUAUGCUUUAUCAAGUGAAUUUACCAAUGAGCAUUAAUGAACUUUACACACAAUAUCAGCAAUUAGGUGAACAUGGAAAAAUAAUAGUUGAUUUAAAUAAAGGAGGUGUUAAAUUUGAUUAA